AUGAGGCUCUCCAAGCUUUUCUUCGUCCUGCUCGCGCUCUCCCUGCUCGUGUCCCUCGCGCUGGCGCCGACGUGCCGCGCGAAUGAGAUCGACGCAGAAGACGAAGACGCCGACGACGUUGAAGACGCCGUCAAUUCCGCCGGCGAGGCGCCUGCUGGUGAGAUUCGGAUUAUUGCCGCAUUGUUCAUGGCGUUGAUGAUUCCAGAGCACGCGAGGGCACGUCUCGUAGGAAAGCUUUUCGGCGCAAGCAGGCGGUUCCUGUGGUCGCCGCGCAUGCUUUCGUGCCGGUCAGACUGCGAGGAGAAGAACAAGAAGUGCAACACCGAUUACAGCGAGUGCAAGCGCGAGAACAGGGACGACGAGCACGACCACAAGAAGUGCACGCACAAGUACGAGAAGUGCAAGAAGAAGAUCAAGAAGUGCCGCCGCAAAUGCGACUAG